GAUAUUGGUUUAACACUUCAUUCGCGUUAAUGUGCAAACUAUUUUUUAUUACUUUUUUAAAUUCAUCACGAAUAUCAAGUUUCAUAAGAAUUCAAUAUGCCACCACAGGAAGUAACAAGCGAUGUAGUUCCAUUAAUUCAAAGAUCUAGUUUAGAUGAAGUUAUAAAUGCAGGAGAAGAUAUUGACGAUUCUAAUGUUACUCAUGGUCUAGUUCAUGGUUUUGUAGAAUUCGAUGAUAAAUUAAUUGAAGCUGAAGUUGAUACUGGCGAGAUACAACCAAAAUUUUCCUGGAAGAAACUUUGGAAAUAUACAGGACCUGGAUUCCUAAUGUCCAUAGCGUACUUGGACCCAGGAAAUCUGGAAGCAGAUUUGCAAAGUGGAGCAGCAGCUGGUUAUUCAUUGUUAUGGCUUUUAUUAUACGCCCAUAUUGCUGGUUUAUUAAUCCAGAUACUUUCCGCCCGCUGUGGAGUUGUGACUGGAAAACAUCUUGCGCAACUUAUUAAGAUUUAUUAUUCAAGACCAGUAUCUAUAGUACUUUGGUUAUUUACAGAGAUUGCAAUUAUAGGUUCAGAUAUUCAAGAAAUUGUUGGUACUGCUAUUGCUAUUAAAAUUCUUUUUGGUUUACCAUUAUGGGUUGGGACAUUGUUAACUGCUAUGGAUACUUUUACUUUCAUGUUGUUACAAAAUUAUGGUGUAAGAAAAUUAGAGGCAUUUUUUAUGGCAUUGAUUGCAUUAAUGGCUGUUUGUUUUUGGAUUGAAAUGUUUCAAAGUGAACCAAAUGUAGGAGGAAUAGUUAAAGGAAUGUUGAUUCCCACCGUUCCAUCUAGUGCUGUUGUACAAGCUGUAGCGAUGAUUGGAGCCGUUAUUAUGCCGCAUAAUUUAUAUCUCCAUUCAGCAUUAGUUAUGACACGUAAAACAGAUCAUAGUUCCAAAGCAAAGCUCAAAGAAGCUAACUUCUACUUUUCUAUCGAGAGUACAAUGGCAUUAUUUUGUUCAUAUCUCAUCAAUAUGGCGAUUGUAGUUGUUUUUGCACAAGUGUUUUACAUUCCUAGUAAAUCAAAAGCAUUAAAAACUUUACCGGGAUUGUAUGAUGCUGCAGAUGUUUUAACAAAGACUUUAGGCAGAGGUGCAAGAUAUCUUUGGGCACUUGGGCUUUUAAGUGCUGGUCAAAGUUCUACAAUGACUGGCACUUUAGCUGGUCAAUAUGUUAUGGAAGGAUAUUUUGGAAAGAUUUUUUCCAAAUCAUGGCAUCGUGUAGCUAUCACACGUGGUGUUGCAUUGGUACCUUCUAUGUUGGUGGCAUUAUUUGCAGUUGAUCAUUUUGAUACAAUGGGAGAACUUUUAAAUGUUCUUCAAAGCCUUUGUCUUCCCUGUGCGUUAAUUCCAAUCCUUAAGCUUACCAGCUCAAAGGAAGUAAUGGGAAAUACAUUUCGAUCAUAUAAUCUUUGGAAAUAUGUUACAUGGAGUUUAGCUUUUACUAUUAUUUUCUUUAAUCUUUUUUUAUUUAUAAUAUACCUAGAAGAAUUACCCAAUAUAUACGUUGGUUAUAUUUGUGGUAUCAUUUAUUUUGCUUUUGUCUUAUAUAUUGUGAUUUUACCACUUGAUGGAAAACAAGAAGUCUUAGAUAUUGAUGAAAUGGAUGGAUAUAAAGUAAUGACAAAUCAUUCGGGAUAAAAAUUCUUCGAUAAAUAAUAAUCUUUCAAUCUGUAUUCCUGUACUUUAUUUUAUUUUUAUUUUUAUUUUUACUUUUUU